UCAAAAAUAUUCAGUAAUUUCUUUAUACAAUUCUACUGAUUACGAUUCUCGUUUACUCUAGAGUUUUUUUCUCCAUUUAAAUCUUCAUACUGACAAAUACUUUCCCGCUGAGCCGCGCGCAUCUUUCUCAUACGGCCUUGAUGUGUUCCCGAUAAAUAUACACGAUAUAAAUAGAUCACUCACAACAAAUAUAAAAUGCGCGCCUCAUAUUAUCAUCUCAGUAUCCGCUGAAAUUGAAUUAACUAUCUGUCGUAAAAAAUACCGAAUUAUCGUGAUAAUUAAACCGGAAAAAAUUAAUUAAAUAAAAUUAUUCAUAACAAAAAAUUAAUAAAAUAUUAAUAAGUUAUAUCAAAUGGAUAAUCUAUAUUCUUUUACUAUCAAGUAUUGAAUAUCAAAUUUAAUGAUGAAUGAAAGUUACAAAACGGAUUAUUUAAUGCAUAUAAAAAAUGCUGGGAUGUUGUGGUAUAUUGUUGACCCUUUUGAAUCGGCAUUCGAAUCUGUAGCGGAAGUACCCGACUAUCAAUAUCAGGCAUGGUUUCCAUUUUUCCUUCUUAUUAUUAUGGAGCAGCUAGUAUUGUUGGUGAAAAAAAAAAGUACAUUCCGUUUGAAUGAUCAUAUUACUUCACUUUCUCAUUGGAUGCUCCAAGAGUCUGGACGAAUUUUUUUUCGAGGUGCUGAGUAUUAUAUGUACAUUUAUAUUUAUAAUAAAUAUCAUGUACUGAAUUUACCCUGGAAUUCAUUGUGGAUGUGGUACUUAACUCUGAUAGGAGUAGAUUUUUGUUACUAUUGGGUCCAUCGUGCGAACCAUGAAGUACAUUUUUUGUGGUCACAACAUCAAGUCCACCAUAGCAGCGAGGAAUUCAAUCUUGUGGUUGGCCUCCGGCAGUCAAUAUUACAGCAGUGGUGUAGUUUUAUGUUUUACUUACCACUGGCAUUAUUUAUACCACCGUCGAAUUUUAUAACUCACCAUCAAUUCAAUUUAAUUUAUCAGCUGUGGAUCCACACGACUGUUAUCAAUGACCUGGGACUACUUGAAUUUAUCUUCAAUACACCGAAGCAUCAUCGUGUACAUCACGGUUGUAAUUUAUAUUGUUUAGAUAAAAACUACGGAGGUGUUUUUAUUAUUUGGGAUAGACUAUUUGGUACUUUUAUGAGAGAAUUGCCGGAUAAAAAUAUUAUUUACGGCCUUGUUGUUAGUCCACGGACAUUUAAUCCAAUAUAUUUACAAACUUUUUAUACAAAAGCGAUGAUUGACAGAAGUAAAAGUAUGAAAACGAUCAGGGAUAAAUUAUCUGUUUAUUGGAAAGGGCCAAGUUGGUUUCCAGGAUCACCAAGACUUGGUCUUGAUGAAUAUAAAAUAAAUGUCACUUCUAGGAAUAAAUAUGAUCCAUUAAUAUCAACUUGGCUAAAAUUGUAUAUACUUAUACAUUUUUCCAUAGCAUUUUAUAUGCAUUUUUAUAUUUAUAGUAAAGAACAAGACUGUGCAUUAUUAAUAAUGGGUAAUAUAUUUGCAUUAACAUCAAUAGGAUUAUUAUUUGAUAAAUUUAAAUAUGCAAAUAUCAUUGAAUUAACUCGAUGUAUAGUAAAUCUAGUCUUAUUCAACAAUAAUAAUUAUUAUAUUUCAUAUAUUUAUGUCUUAUCGUCUUGCCUUUGGAUAAUUAAUUUAAUUAAUAAUAAAAAAAAAAAAUAUUAAAAUCCAUCUAUAAAUUACUCAAGUAAUAAAUUUAAAUAAUUAUUAAUUUACUGAUAUGAUUUUUAAAAGCCUUGAGCCAAUUUUAUAAUAAGAUAACGACAAGCAAUCUUUGGUGAUAAUAAUAAGAGCCAGGCAGCCAUACAAUGUGAAAAAAUUUUCACUUGACUGAAAUAUUAAAAUUUAUUUCUAUUAAAUUUUUUUUCAUUUUCAUUUAUUACCAAAACCUUUUCUUUAAUUAAUUUUUAAG